AUUUGUCUCUCCUACUGUCCUUUUACUCAAAGUCAACUUGUCUACAAUGGCUCUCCGUCUUGCUACAUCUCCCUUGGCGAUGAGCCGCUCAUCCCCAGCUAUCCGACUUGCUACAUCUCUCCGCUCCUCAACAUCGUUGAACGGUCGCAUCUAUUUCCAUGCCUCACGUAGUGCAGCUGCUGCAGCACCAGAACAGACUCCGCCUGAUGUGACUGAAGUCUACAAGCCAACUGCUUUCAAAAUCCCUCCACCUAAUUCGGUUCAUGGCUCCAAACAUUGGGACUUUGAGCGUCUUUUGAGCGCCUCUUUGGUCCCAUUGUUUGCAGUCUCUGCUAUCAAUGGCGCACACCCCAUUACGGAUGGUCUCUUGGGUGUUGUUGUUCCUAUUCAUUCCCACAUUGGUUUCGAUGCCAUGAUCACAGACUAUCUUCACCCUGGCAAGGUCGGUGUCUUUGCUAACAAAGCCAUCAGCUGGACUCUUCGCGGUGCCACUCUCCUAGUCUUGGUUGGGUGCUAUCAAUUCAAUGCCUCGGACGUUGGUUUGACCGAGUUGGUCAAGAGAGCUUGGACAGCAUAAGGCUAAAAAGUAAAAGAAGCGCGAAUCAAUCCAAUCGAAUAAAAUAAAGAGGAAAACGACUCUUUCUUUGCCA